AUGCCGGCACUGGCGCCUGCGGCGCUCCCCAGUACAAAGAGCAAAGGACCGGGGAGCAUUGGCCCCCCUGCCGCUGGGGCACCCUCUAAGGACCUAACCCUGCAUGUUUGUCAACGCAAUGCAAUUGUAACCAAGGAGUUUUCAUUGGUCAACUCACGUUUGAAGACUGCUGAACGUGAGAUUGAGACCCAGCCACUCACAAUUAUCAAACUUCAAAGCCAAGAUGAAGAGUCAAAGACAGAACGCAAGGAAUUUGCUCUUCAAUUAAACGCCACUCAAGCUCAGACUGUUACAAUCCCCCAAAUUAUACCACUAGACUUGCCUGAUUUUUCUGAUAUUUUUACUAUUUUUUACGAACUCUGCACCUUCCCCCACACCAUUUCCACAAUUCCCUCCACUUGCUCUGGAGUCCCACACCCAUACCCCCGUCCCUCUAGCCGUUCCUCCCGUCGUUCCAUUCCAACCUAUUCCCAACCACCCUCUUGCAGCACAUCUCCCACUCCGCGAGACUUGCCAAGGAUGGAACCGGAGCCGUCCCUUGCCGCUCUCCUCGAGGCUGUCACAGCCCUCACAGCCACAGUCGGGUCCCUACAGGACCAAAUCAGAUCACAAGGCCAACAGCUCACUGAGCUCAAGGCCAUAUGCAAGGAGACUGCCGACUUACUUGGCGACAAGGACCAAGGAACCCAAGCCCAGCCUAGCACAUUGGUUGGGCCUGUCACUCCCCCCACUCAUACAGGGGGAGAAACGCACACUCCAGGAACGGUUAGGCCUGGACUCAAGGCCCCCUUCCGCCCAUCAAGAGGAACGGGCUUUGACUCAGAAGAAGAGGAAGAACCCAGGCGAGUCCCCAAAAGGGAGCCUCGCGACACGCCUAAACAGAGCCUCAGCUCCCUCACCCCAUUUGACUCAGGGUCCAGCGUAAAGCGGCCCAAAAUGGAGCUCCCCAACCCAUACAAGGGGGACUCUAGGGGAAGAAAGGCAACACAGUGGCUAGACCGCAUGCUACUGUGGGUCGCGCUUCAUCGAGACCAAUUCGAUGAAGAAGAACAAAUGGUUGUGUGGAUCCUCUACCACAUGACCGACAAGGCUGCCGACUGGGCUCUCCCUAUCAUAGGGACAAUCAUCAAGGGCGAGGGAAACCCCCCAACCACCAUUCAGGCCUUAACGGCUAAAUUCAAGGAAGCCUUUGCUGAUCCAGACGCAAAGAGAGCGGCCGCCAGGAAGAUUGCCGCGUUGACUCAGACCACCACCACGUCUGAGUAUGUCACAGAAUUCCGCAACCUCAUGGCGGAACUUGACUGGAAUACUGAGGCAUACAUUGCCCAGUUCACGCAAGGCCUUCACUGGAAGGUCAAGGAACUCCUGUCCACCAAGGACAACGUCCCCAACGAUGACCUUGAGGCCAUAUUUGCCGCCUCGGUCAAAAUUGACAACACUCGUCGGGAGAACAAGGAGAACCAACCCAAGAAGCUUCCUGCCAAGUCCCCGGUCACCGCGACCACCUCCACCACCACCACUAGGGUUCGCUUAUCCGAGGACCCCAAUUAUGUCACACCGGAGGAAAGGGACCGUCGCCGCGCGUCUGGCCUGUGUGUCAAAUGCGGACAAAAAGGGCAUGGAAUCAAACAGUGCCCCAACGGCUGGAAAGCCACGAUCAAGGAGGUUGUCAAGGUAGCAGAAGAAGAGGAUAGACUCGAAUUUGUAAAUUUAGGACUGGAUUCCAAUAAAAAACCACUGCUCUUCAUUGAUCUAUAUGUCCAGAACUUCCCGGCAGAACCUUUGAAAACCCUAAUAGACUCAGGAGCCACGUCAAAUUUCAUUUCUCCCUUGAUUGUGGAAAAAUACAAAAUCCCAAAAACCCAACUCAAAAAUCCACGAGUUGUGAGAAUGUUAGAUGGUACCAUUUCCCAGACUGGUCGCAUUUGGCACCAGGUCCACAUCACGGUUUCGGCCAAUGGCCACACCCACUCCAUACCCUUUCUUGUUUGCCCCAUCAGCAACACCCCGGCAAUCCUUGGCAUGACUUGGUUAACGGCAGAAGCUCCCCUUAUUGACUGGCAGCAGGGACUAAUCACCUUCCCUGAACAAGCACAGAUUGCCUCUGAGGAAGAAGCAGACCCAGAUCCUUUAGCAGACCUCCCCCCUCAGUACCACGAGUUUGCUAAAGUUUUUGGCAAAGAAGAAUUUAAGGUCCUACCCCCUCAUAGGGAAUACGAUAUUGCAAUAGACCUUGUUCCUGAUGCCAAACUCUCCCCAGGACCAAUUUACGGAAUGACCGACGCAGAAUCAAGAGCACUAAAGCAGCAUAUUGAUGAAGAACUGGCCACGGGCAAAAUUUGUCCUAGUACCUCUUCUGCUGGCGCCCCCGUUAUGUUUGUCAAAAAGGCGGAUGGAUCCCUUAGAUUGGUGGUUGAUUACAGGAAGUUGAAUGAUGUCACCCAUAAAAAUGUCUACCCACUUCCCAGGCAAGACAACCUCAUGGCCAAGUUGAGGCAUGCCAAGAUAUUCACCAAACUGGAUCUACGCUGGGGAUAUAACAACGUCCGAAUUAAGGAAGGAGAUGAAUGGAAGACGGCGUUUAGAACAAAGUACGGGCUAUUUGAAUACCUGGUGAUGCCCUUUGGCCUUACCAACGCCCCAGCCGCCUUUCAACACUUUAUGAACAACCUGUUCAGGGAUCUGAUUGACGUCACAGUGGUGAUUUACCUGGAUGAUAUUCUCAUUUUCUCAGAAAACCCAGAAGACCACCCAGCCCAUGUCAGAGAAGUACUGUCUCAACUUAUGAAGAAUCAGCUCUUUUGUAAAUUGUCAAAAUGUCACUUCCACGUCACUACGGUCAAUUAUCUUGGCAUCGUUAUAUCCCCAUCAGGCUUCUCCAUGGAUCAGAAGAAGGUAGAGGCAGUUACAUCAUGGCCUCAACCCAGAACGGUCAAGCAGGUCCAGGCUUUCUUGGGCUUUGAAACCCCCUGGUCAUGGGGCAACCUAGAGGAAGCAGCAUUUCAGGAGUUAAAGGUUCUUGUUACCAAGUCGCCAGCUCUCAUCCAUUCCAACCCAGAACUCCCCUAUUAUCUUGAGACCAACGCCUCAGGGGUUGCAAUGGGAGCCAUUCUUAGUCAGCAGGGCUCAGAUAACCAACUACAUCCAAUUGCCUACAUGUCAAAAUCGUUCUCGGGGGCAGAAGCCAACUAUGACACCCAUGAUAAAGAACUUCUGGCUAUCAUCAAGGCAUUGGAAGAAUGGAGAAUUUUCCUAGAAGCAACGGAUAAACCAAUCCAGGUGUUCACGGAUCAUCAAAACCUGGAAUACUGGAUGCAGGCACAAACCUUUAACCGUAGACACGCGCGAUGGCGCAUCUUCCUGAGCGACUUCAAUUUUGAGAUCCACUAUUGCCCAGGAAAGCAGUCGGGAAAACCAGAUGCCUUAUCUAGACGGUUGGACUAUAUUGAUGCACCCCAGGAACCGGAAAUCAUGCUACCCGCCAAAGUCUUUGCCAACACUUCAGAAGAAGAACUGGAAAUAGUCACGGAAGUACGCUCAAAAUUAAGGGAAGACCCCUCCCUUGAGCCAAUCAUACAGUUUCUGACAGAAGAUGCGGACAAUGCACCCCCCUCAAUCCAAAAAGCCUAUCAAGACUAUGACUGGGAAGAAGAGCUAUUAUGGUACCGCGGAAAAUUAGUUGUCCCAGACUCGGAACCCCUCAAGGAACGGAUAUUGAAGGAAUUCCAUGACUCCCCGCUGGCAGGACACCCAGGACAGCAAAGGACGCUCAAACUUAUCAGCAGAUCCUAUUGGUGGCCCGGAAUGAAAUCCGCAGCCAAAGAAUGGGUCGAGUGUUGUCCGACUUGCCAAGCAAACCGCCGCGCCCGCGUCCCUACCAUUGCGCUAAAACCCUUGGAAGUUCCCCCCUUUCCUUUCCACACAAUAUCCUACAAUUUCAUCACGGGAUUCCCCAAAUCUAAUGGGCACAAUGCAAUUCUGGUGGUAAUUGAUUCCUUCUCCAAGUUUGGUCAUUUUAUCCCAACCACAAAAAAGGUCACGGCCAAAGGACUAGCGGACCUAUUCAUUACCCACGUUUGGAAGUCACAUGGAUUACCGGUCAGAACAGUCUCAGACCGCGGGACAACGUUCACAGGGAAAUUCCUAAGAGCUCUAUACCAACGCCUUGGGAUCAAGCCCUCAUUCUCAUCGGCCUACCAUCCAGAGUCAGACGGUCAAACAGAAAGGGUGAAUCAGUUCAUUGAGUUCUACCUGAGAUCAUACGUAGCAGCAGACCAUUUGGACUGGGCCUCCUGGUUGCCAUUAGCGGAAUACGCGUACAACAACGCUAAACACUCCGCCACCGGGAAAACCCUGUUUGAGUUGGUUUAUGGAAGGAACCCGGUCAUGAAUCCUUCCAACGUCCCAGCAAACGUACCAGAAGCUGACAACGUGGCUGACACUCUGGCACAAGAAUGGAAGGAAGCAGAAUCCGCCCUGAGAAUGACAAAGGAAAAAAUGGCAGGAACCAAGGGAGUGACCCCGGAAUAUUCCAUCGGAGAAAAAGUUUGGCUAGACGCUAAAAAUGUGGAGAUACGUUCUAACUCCAACAAACUGGACCCAAGACGCCUAGGCCCUUUCAAAAUCACCAAAAAAAUCUCCAGCCAUGCGUAUUGCCUGGAACUCCCUGCAACCAUGAAAAUCCAUGACGUAUUCUAUGUAGGGUUACUGUCCAAAGUCCACGAGUCCCCAAGCCAACCACUUCCGGAACGCCCUCCUCCUGAAACAAUAGAAGGAGAGGAAGAAUACGAAGUAGAGCAAAUUAUUGACUCUAAAAGACAACGUGGAAAGUGGUUCUACCUGAUCAAAUGGAAAGGAUAUGGCCCAGAAGACAACUCAUGGGAACCAGAAGAGCUACUGGAACACAGCCAAGAAGAGAUAAAGCAAUUCAACCAAGCUAGACUCAGAAAGGCUCGUGACGCCGCCAAGAGCCUUUAA